UGUCUACAGUGACUAGGCCUAUAGUAGUGUAUAGUUAAGUAUAGUAGUACUAGAUCUACUACUUUUAUUAAAUUUUACGCAUUACCAAGUUGCUGACACUGGAUGGUUUGAUUCUGGUCUAGGCAUCACACAAAUUAAAAGCUUUAAAUUAGAGGUGAUCUAACCUUAAAAAUUGGUACGAAGAUGUCAACCAACAAAAUCAGAAAGGCAAGUCACGCAGGAAGCUGGUAUUCUGACUCUGGGUCAGAGCUUAACAUGCAGCUGGACAAUUGGCUUUCAAAAGCAUCUGAUUCAUUUAAACCAGCCAAGGCAAUUAUUGCUCCCCAUGCUGGUUACUAUUUCUGUGGGGCGUGUGGGGCAUUUGCAUAUCGUCAGGUUGACCCUAACACAGUCAAAAGGGUUUUCAUCCUAGGCCCCUCCCACCAUGUGCGCCUAUCAGGCUGUGCACUCUCUGGUACAGACCUGUAUGAAACACCUCUCUACAAUUUGACUAUAGACAAAGGAGUGUAUAAAGAAUUGUAUGCAACCUCAGCAUUUGAGAGCAUGUCACUAAGCACAGAUGAAGCAGAACAUAGCAUUGAGAUGCAUCUCCCAUACAUUGCUAAAGUUAUGGAAAGUCGCCAAGGACAAUUCACCAUUGUGCCUAUUUUAGUUGGAUCUCUUUCACCUGAAAAGGAAGCCAAAUACGGCGAAAUUCUCAGUCCAUAUCUCAGAGAGCCUGGAAAUCUUUUUGUCAUAUCAUCAGACUUUUGUCACUGGGGUAAACGCUUUAGCUACACAUAUUAUGAAAAGUCCCAUGGCAAAAUAUGGCAGUCCAUUGAAGCCUUGGAUAAAAUGGGAAUGGAUAUUAUUGAAAAGAUGAACCCUUCUGCAUUUACUAAAUACCUUCAAACUUUCCAGAACACAAUUUGUGGCCGCCAUCCAAUUGGUGUUUUGCUUAAUGCCAUCGAGCAUCUUCACUACAAUAGCCAGAGCAAUGGGACAAGAUUUGAGGUGAAGUUCCUGAAGUAUGCCCAGUCCAGCCAAUGUGAGACAACCAAUGACUCCUCGGUCAGCUAUGCUGCUGCAUCUAUAACCAUGCACUAGAUAGCUUUUUAAAAAACUGAUCAGGAGAAUUGCUAUGGACAUAUAAUAAAUUGCAAUGUGGAUGUCAUUGCUUGUAUUUUUAAUUUGCAUACUGUGGGAAUUGUAAGAUUUUAACUGUUUUUUUUUAAAAAGAAGAAUUGUAACGCUUGUAAGUUAAGCACUAUUUAGCCUUUUACUGUGCAAAGUUUAAUACAUGAAAAAUUAUUUCAAUAAAGGAUUGAU